AUGGCUGAUUUACCUUCUGCGAGAGUGAAUCCCGGAAGACCAUUUCUUAAAUGCGGAACUGACUUUUCAGAACCAUUCUGGAUCAGCCCUAGACGUGGUAAAGGAGUUAAACCACUGAAAAUGUACGUAUGUGUAUUUGUAUGCUUUGCAACAAAAGCCGUCCAUUUAGAACUUGUUAGUGACCUUAGUGCUCAGGCAUGCAUUGCAGCUCUGAAACGAUUCAUAGGACGACGAGGAAAGCCCGCUGAAAUAUUCAGUGAUUGUGGAACGAACUUUAUCGGUGCAAAGAAUUACUUAAAAGCGUAUACGAUGGAGUCACUUGGUACUUACUUGACCGACGAAGGCGUUAAAUGGACAAUGAAUGUUCCAUCAGCCUCUCAUUUUGGAGGCCUAUGGGAGGCUGCCGUUAGAUCCAUGAAGUUUCACAUGAGACGUGUUAUAGGAUCGCAGAUCCUCUCACAAGAAGAAUUUUUAACGUGUCUAGUGGAGAUUGAAGCCAUACUUAACUCCCGUCCUUUAGUGGCUGCUUCUGAGGACCCAAAUUUUUCUGUCAAUACACCGGGUCACUUUAUUAUCGGUUCCGAGUUAAAAAGUGUUCCUGAGCCUGAUGUAACAAAUGAGAAAAUUCUCAUCCGUGAACGGUCGAAAUUAGUCACACAGAUUUCCCAAUCGUUUUGA